AUGCGGAACGCGGCACGUCCAGAACCUGGAGAGGAUUAUAGAGCCGUCGAUCUGACUCAGGACAUCAUGACGAGCGCUGUGAUGAAGCUCGCUUCUGCACAGGGGAUGGUUUCCUUACGGGGACUUCGCCUAGCUUUGCAAGACAAGGUGUGCAUCAACCUGGAGGGUAGAAAAGAAGAGAUCCGCCACAAGGCAGAAAAGGCUGUGGAGGACUUGACCAUGGGCCUUCCUGUGAUGCAGUUGCAUCCCAGUCGUACAGAACUGGUCCGAAAUCCAUAUCACGGAGUCUGGGAGCCUUGCGGCGCUGUGCCUGUGACAAGGAACACUCGGGGCAGGCUACUGUUCACCGAUCUCCAUGAUUGCAGACCUGUGGAGUCUCUCAAGAGGUGGCAGGCAGCCCCUUUUGGGAAGUCAGAUGACAAGGGCCGCAUGUUUCCAGACUGCACACUGCAGCUGCGAGGAGCGUCAGGCUUGGAGACAGAAAUCUGCAGUGGCAUGCUGACUUGGGUGCAGGUCUUCAGCUUGAUGGGACUCAAGCGACUCUUAGGCGCGAUGGUUUGGGCCUUCACCGCGUGUCGGUUGCUGCGGUUCUACGAGCUUGCGAACGCCACCGUUACGGAGUCCCUUGCAACGGCGCGGCUUCACAGUCACAAGGGGCUUUUGAUCCAAUCCUGCUUCCGUGACAUCAUGUUUGAUCCUGGUGGUGUGAUGCAGCGAUUCUGUCCUGCCAGAAUACAGGUGCCGGAUACCUUCAACAACCUGCAUGCUAUCGGCCAACUGAGGACCAGCUGCACAGUGGAAGGCUUUUCGGUCUUGAU